CGCACGCACGCGCACACGCGCAUCACCAGCCUAUGGGGCGACCUCUAUAGAGGAAUUCAGGCUUUUGUACGAAGACCGGCUGCAGAAAGGGAACGUUGUUCAUGCGGCGAGACAUUGAGAUUUGAGAGGACACGCGAGGAAGAAGUCUAAAAAUGUCCCUUUGUCGUAUUUUGACGGAGGCCAGUUGAAUCAUGGACGAUUUUAUGUUGAAUUGGUGAUUUUUCUUUUUCUUCUCGCGAGCCUGAUUCGCACUCUCAUCAGCAUCGGCUGAGGUGCGUUCAGGGACACUCGGGACGUUCCGGCGUUCAGCUUUGUUUCAUUUACGCAUCCAAAUGCCUUCCUAUUAAGGCGAAGGUAGUUUUGUUUCUUUUCUUUUUUUUCUUUUUUUUAAGCGAACGUAUGACUCGUCGCUGCUCGUUGCCCUCUUCCUCCUUCUUCUCAUCAUCCUCCCCUCGCAGACACGGCCGAUCCUCGCAGAGGGCAUUACCCACCACCUCCUCCCCUCCACUAAAGACAUUUUGAUCGUCCUCUACUACGACUCCCCCCCAUCCCCGUCACCUCCUACAGGCUCCAGCCGAAGCCGCUCCUCCUCCACCAUGUCCGGGCCGACUCUGACGGACCGGAUCGCCGCCGCGCAGCACAGCAUGAGCGGCUCGGCCAUCAGCAAAGCCGUGUGCAAGGCCACGACGCACGAAGUGAGCGGACCCAAGAAGAAGCACCUUGACUACCUGAUCCACUGCACCAACGAGCUGAAUGUCAGCAUCCCUCACCUGGCGGACACGCUGCUGGAGCGCACGGCUAGCAACAGCUGGAUCGUGGUCUUCAAGGCACUUAUCGCCACGCAUCACCUCAUGAUGUACGGCAACGAGAGACUGAUGCAGUACGUCGCCUCCAGAAACACGCUCUUCAACCUCAACAACUUUCUAGAUAAGGCCGCGCUACAAGGAUACAACAUGUCCACCUUCAUCAGACGCUACAGUCGCUACCUGAACGAAAAAGCCAUGUCGUUCCGGUUAGCGGCGGUGGACUUCACCAAGAUGAAGCGAGGGGUCGACGGCGUGAUGCGCACCAUGAACACGGAUAAGCUGAUUAAGACGCUGCCGAUCAUUCAGAACCAGCUGGACGCACUGCUGGAUUUUCAGCCCAACUCCAACGAGCUGAGCAACGGCGUCAUCAACACUGCCUUCAUGCUGCUCUUCAAAGACUCCAUACGGUUGUUUGCCGCGUACAACGAGGGCGUCAUCAACAUGCUGGAGAAGUACUUUGACAUGAAGAAGAACCAGUGCAAAGAGGCGCUGGAGCUCUACAAGACCUUCCUCAACAGGAUGACCAAACUGUCCGAGUUUCUCAAAGUGGCCGAGCAAGUUGGGAUAGAUCAGGGCGACAGCCCCGAUCUCACACAGGCUCCCAACUCGCUCCUGGAGGCUCUGGAGCAACAUUUAGCUUCUCUGGAAGGCCGGAAGCUCAAAGACCUCUCCACUGCCAGCAGAUCCAGCACUCUGUCCAGCACGGUGUCGUCCCUCUCCAGUACCGGGAUCUCCCUCAGUCGAAUGGAUGACAAGACCGACGACAACAGACUGCAGCAACACAAGGACGACGGUCAUAAGAUGAUCGAUAUCCAGACGCCCAACGCGUCGCCCGGCACCCAAUCGGUGGGCAGUGCCAACAGCAGCGGGGGAGCCACGGACCUGUUCUCCAGCUCGCCCCUUGUAGCCGUCAACAACCAUGUGCCAAACUUGACCGGUGAGCUGUUCACCUUGCAGCCCCACUUUGCCCCCCUUCAGACCACACACACUGUGCCCAACAACGCCUGGGGAGGUGACUUGCUCAAGCCGAUCCCGCCCACUCAGAUUCACAACCCCGGAGCCCCGCUGCACUCUGGUAAGAUGCUCCCCAGCGAUUUGGACUCUUCAUUAGCCAACCUCGUCGGGAACUUGCAAUUUGGGGGGACGCAAGCCAAAAGGCCUGAGCUGCAGUGGAGUCAGCUGGUGGAGAAGAAGCCGACAGGGGGGAGCGGCUGGCAGACCAAAACUAUGUGCACCAGCACAAACUGGACUCACUCUCCUCAUCCCAUGGCUCCGGCUCCCAUGCCUGUCCCUCAGAUGAAUGGAGUGAUCUACACCGGCUAUGCUCCAGCUCCAGUAGCUUUUCCUAUGACAACCCCCCAAGUGCCUGUCUAUGGAAUGCAGCUCCCCCCUCAAAUGAGCCAUCACAUGGGGGGUGUUCCCAUGAUGCCCCCGCAGCCUGUUAUGUACAACCAGCCGGUCCUGAGACCCACUAAUCCCUUCGGACCCAUCCCGGGGACGCAGAUGCACUUCAUGUAGAGACGCUGCUGUAACCAUGGCAGCAGAGCUGAGAGCGCCACAGAGGAAGACAACAGAAGGAUGGCGAAGGAAGAGAAGAGGGGACACAUAGGGAGGAAAAAAACAACCAACGCACAUCCCUCCUCGCUUCCCAAACCCUGUGCCAACCGGUCCCCCCAAAAAUAAACGCCCAGAGGCGCCAGAAGCUUAGCACCCGAUAUUCCACUCACACCUCACAUCCUUUGAUUUGCCGAAAACGACCUGUGAUGACGCUACGGCCGCUGAAGCUGCUCCAUCGCCACCUCCUGACCCGAUUUCCCCACCAGUUAGACCUCCAAUUCGACCCUCCCUGUCCCGGAGUUAAACAAACGGGAUGGUAUGCUGACACUUUACUCCAUGUGACCUUUGCCAAGGUUGUGGGUGUAUGUGUGUGUCCCGCGCAGGAGAUUUUUAUCGUCUUGUACCGAUUGGGUCAACCAUCAACCUGAUGUCGGAUAGCGUCAGAUUUUUGUAAACGUUUUUACAUGUCGGUGUUCCGCAUCAUUGUUUUGUAGCCAAAUUUGUUCUCGUUUGCCAACUAUACAUACGACUAACUUGGUGUGGGAGUGGGGUGGGUGGGGCAUGCUUGUGUGUGUGUGUGUGUGUGUGUGUGUGUGUGUGUGUGUGUGUGUAUGAGUUCUCUUUUGGUACCUAAUGUCAGGACCGUGUUUUCCAACUGCACUGGAACUGCUGUCAAAAAUCACACUGAGCCACACCCAGGAAUUGCAAAAUGUGGAUGUAAUCAAAAAGCUUUUACUACUUGCUCUUCAUUUUGUGGCAGUGCAAUAUCAUGCAAAAAUCAUAUCUUUUGUUUUGUGGUGUUGUGCCAGUCAUGCCGACAACAGAAUUAUGUACAGUAACAGUUUUUAUGUACACAAAUGCACUGAGCGCCAAUUCAAUGGUCUCCCAUGCCAAAUGAUCAAAGGCCCCCAAGUGAUGUGAUGAAAUGAUGUCCUUACUGAUAUGAAGAAAAAAGGCUGACAUUUAUGCAUAGGAUGUGCAAAGGUCAA